CAAGGGACAGCAAGCUGGAAACGAGUAACGUAUUUAAGGAGACGUCGUCCCAUGCCAACAGUCAAUUCGUCUCGUGCUUCAGAAGCAUACACUGAAGGAGCAUACAGCUAUGGAUUCCAGUUCUGAUCAUUCCCACGGCGGAUUCGCCAUGAUGUGCCAGAAUCCCUACCUUUUGGGCGUUGCAUCAUUUUCCACCUUAGGUGGCUUGCUAUUUGGAUACGAUCAGGGUGUGAUCUCUGGUGUGAUCACAAUGCAAUCAUUCGGGGCCCGAUUUCCUCGAGUGUUCUCGGACAGUGGCUUCAAGGGGUGGUUCGUGUCUACACUGCUGAUCUCUGCUUGGUUCGGCUCUAUCAUCAAUGGCCCUAUCGUGGACCGACUGGGUCGCAAGUUAUCCAUCAACGUCGCUGUCAUUAUAUUCGUCAUAGGAUCAGCCAUCCAAUGUGGUGCCGUCAACAUUCCAAUGCUCUUUGCAGGACGUGCAGUGGCAGGCAUAGCCAUUGGCCAAUUGACCAUGGUGGUGCCUCUGCACAUCUCCGAGGUCUCCCUCCCUCAGAUCCGCGGUGGACUCGUUGUCCUUCAGCAACUCUCCGUCACCAUCGGCAUCCUCGUCAGCUACUGGAUCGACUACGGCACCAACUACAUCGGAGGCACCCGCUGUGCCCCCAACAUCCCCUACAGCGGCGGCACAGCAUCCUCCCCAACAUUCGAUCCCUACACUGACGUCCCUCGCGGCGGAUGCACCGGCCAAUCCGAAGUCUCCUGGCGACUACCACUAUCCCUCCAGAUCAUCCCAGCUCUGAUCCUAGGCCUGGGCAUGCUAUUCUUCCCCGAUUCGCCCCGCUGGCUUCUAAUGAAAGAGCGAGACGACGAAGCUCUCCAAGCGCUGUCAAGACUCCGUCGACAGGAUCGAAACAACCCCGUCCUAACAAACGAGUAUCUCGAGAUCAAAGCAUCCAUCAUGUUAGAAAAUAGCUUCGCAAGGGAACGAUUCCCGAAUCUGUCUGGUGUGCGGUUGCAUGUUGCUCAGUAUGUCUCACUUGUCACUACGUGGGCACGUUUCAAGCGUCUGGCGAUCGGUUGCUGCAUUAUGUUCUUCCAGCAGUUUAUGGGCUGUAAUGCUCUGAUCUACUACGCUCCGACGAUAUUCGCUCAGCUUGGACUCGACGGGAAUACUACUUCGCUUCUCGCUACUGGCGUCUAUGGGAUCGUAAAUUGUCUUAGCACACUCCCAGCCCUCUUGCUGAUUGACAAGGUUGGUCGAAGAGCCUUGCUCAUGUCCGGUGCCGCGGGGACUUGUGUUUCGCUGGUCAUUGUGGGUGGCAUUAUCGGGGCCUACGGGUCGAACCUGAUCGACCAUCGAUCUGCGGGGUGGGCGGGAAUCGCGUUCAUCUACAUCUACGACAUCAACUUCUCGUACUCUUUUGCUCCAAUUGGAUGGGUCCUGCCAUCGGAAAUCUUCAAUUUAUCCAUUCGUUCUAAAGCCAUGUCAAUCACAACUUCCGCUACUUGGAUGUGCAAUUUCAUCAUCGGCCUCGUGACCCCGGAUAUGCUCGAUUCCAUCACCUGGGGGACCUAUAUCUUUUUCGCAGCGUUCUGUCUCCUGGCAUUUGCGUUCACUUUCUUCUUCAUUCCAGAAACUCGUGGAAAGACUUUGGAAGAUAUGGAUCUCAUCUUUGGAGAUACGACUGCCCAUGAGGAGAAACAGCGUAUCGUCCAGAUUGAGGCUCAGCUCCGCGGCACCGGCCAUUUCACCGACCCGGAUUUCCUGAAGCCUUCCGCACAGGAGGAAGAAAAUAUCGCUUGAGGUUCCAACUGGUGUCGACCUCUUGCAACUUAUCGCUGAUAAUUCUGACGAGGAGCCCCAUCUUGUAUCAACAUAUAAGGCAGAUUCUUCGAGGCAAUUGACU